AGGAAGAACAUGAGUCCAACCUUCUCCUCUGGAAAGCUCAAGGGUAUGAUGGAGCCCAUCAGUGAGAUCGCCGAUGACAUGAUCCAAUAUCUCAACGACCAGAUUCCAAAGAAUCCUGAUGUGAACGUGAAGGAAUUAUUUCAAGGGUUCGCGUUGGAGACCAUCAGUCAAUCGGCAUUUGGAAUCAAGAGCAAUGCUUUCCGUAACAAGACGAGCGAUUUGCUUAAACAUGGCCGGGACGCUGUAUCGGGCUUUCUGAUGCACAACAUGGUUGAAAGCCUUUUAGUCUUGGUACUCUUCCAAUUCCCGGCAUUGUUUUCAUACAUCAGCUUUUUUCCUUCGGCUUACUACAAGCUGUACGAUGUGAGUGCCAAUAUUAUGAAGCAACGAUCUGAUCAGGGCAUCAAAAAGAAGGACUUCCUCGCCCGACUUCAAGAACUUGUUGAGGAUAUCAAGAACAACCCCGAUGGCGAAGUGGGGAAAAAUCUCACAGAGGAGCACAUCACCGCCCAAGGGGCCAUUUUCUUCCUAGCCGGAUUUGAGACCACUGCCAACACACUUUCCACCCUUUGUUAUAACUUGGCCAAACACCCGGAAAUACAAGACAAAGUUCGGGAGGAGAUCACCAAUGUUAUAUAUGAGUGUGACGGGCGGAUUGAUUACGAUUCGGUGCAAGGCAUGAAAUAUCUGGAAGCUUGUAUUCACGAAAACUUGCGAAUGUACCCACCAGUCACUCUACACAUCCGCCAAUGCACAAAAGACACAGAGGUUGCCCCUGGCCUGGUCAUCAAGAAAGGCAUGCGAGUGGAUUUCCCCAUUUACACUAGUCAUCACAAUCCCGAGUUUUUUCCCGAGCCCGAGACUUUCGACCCUGAACGAUUUAUGCCGGAAAAUGAGAGGAAUAUCAAGAACCUGACCUAUCGACCAUUUGGGGGCGGUCCCCGUUUUUGCAUAGGGCAGCGUUUUGCUUUAAUUGAGAUGAAAAUGGCCGUUGCCAAAUUGCUUACCAACUAUCAGAUCAACACAUCUCCCAAGACUGAAUUGAAGUUCGAAACUGGCAGCCCUUUCUUGCUCAGCUACCCAGAGCUGGUCCUACGUAUGGAAAAAAUAUAGUUGGUUUGUCCAACAUUCCUCGAGAUUUCGUUUCAACCCAUUACACUUCUUAUCUCUAUGUAAGAAGUUUGACCUUUUACGUGAUUUAAAAAGAAAAACUUUUUUCAAAAA